AGGGGACAGUACUGUGUGGGCAGCGAACGUGACAGGCUGAUGGUCCGGGCUUCCGCAUGUAUUUAUUGGCGCGCGUUUCUGUCUCAAGGGUUGUCUCAAAUAUCGGGCUCGCUCGAGUAGUUACGAGCAUUGAACCUGUCCCCCCCCCUGUUGCUGUGGCGAUGAAACCCGGUGUUCGCAGCUUCCUGAAAAAGGUCACCUUCAGCAGACACUACCAUUUGUUCACUCUUGGAGGGGUGUUUAGAAAACCUGAAAUACUUAUGCGUUCUGUAAGCGCGUUCUCCACACGUGCUGGGGCAAUCUACGAUACACGCACCUCGUUGUAUUUAUAGUAUCAUUCAACCGGCAUGAACUUGAUGAACGGUGAUGGAGCCCAUGAGCACGAGGCUGAAGCAGAGUCAAAUCAGAAUGGACAUGAAGUGGAAGACAAGACUGAGGAAGGAAACGAGCAGGAGGUUAUUGUUAUCCAGGACACCGGUUUUACGGUGAAUGUUCAAGUUCCCGGAGUUGAGACUUUUUCUAUCCAAGUCUCUCCCCAGGAGAUGGUGCAGGAGAUCCAUCAAGUUCUCAUGGAUCGAGAGGACACCUGUCACAGGACAUGCUUUUCUCUUCAACUUGAUGGAAAUGUACUGGAUAACUUUGCUGAGCUGAAGACUAUAGAAGGCUUCCAAGAAGGCGCAGUUCUAAAGGUUGUGGAAGAGCCAUAUACCGUUCGGGAAGCCAGAAUCCAUGUCCGUCAUAUUCGAGACCUGUUGAAAAGUUUGGAUCCUUCAGAUGCUUUCAAUGGGGUGGACUGCAACUCCCUGUCAUUCUUAAGUGUCUUCACUGAUGGUGAUCUUGGAGACAGUGGAAAAAAGAAAAAGAAAGGAAACGAACUUGAGCAGAUUGAUUGUACCCCACCUGAGUACAUUGUGCCUGGGAGCAAGGAAAGACCAUUAAGUGUACUGCAGCCUCAGAACAAAGACUGGAAGCCCUUGCAGUGUCUGAAGGUCUUCACUAUGAGUGGCUGGAAUCCACCUCCUGGCAACAGAAAAAUGCAUGGUGAUCUGAUGUAUCUUUAUGUGAUAACCAUGGAGGACCGGCAUGUCAGCAUUACUGCAUCCACAAGAGGAUUUUACCUCAACCAAUCAACAGCAUACAACUUUAACCCCAAGCCAGCCAAUCCCAGUUUCCUGAGCCACUCCCUAGUAGAACUGCUGAAUCAGGUCAGCCCAACUUUCAAGAAGAAUUUUGCCGCCCUACAGAAAAAAAGGGUUCAGCGCCAUCCAUUUGAGCGGAUUGCAACCCCUUUCCAACUGUACAGUUGGACUGCACCCCAAGUGGAGCAUGCCAUGGAUUGUGUUAGAGCAGAGGAUGCAUACACCUCCCGUCUUGGAUAUGAAGAGCACAUUCCUGGCCAGACAAGAGACUGGAAUGAAGAGCUGCAGACCACACGGGAAUUAACUCGGAAAAACUUGCCAGAAAGGUUGCUGCGUGAGAGAGCUAUUUUUAAGGUCCACAGUGACUUUACAGCAGCUGCUACAAGAGGCGCCAUGGCAGUUAUUGAUGGAAAUGUCAUGGCAAUCAACCCCAGUGAAGAGACAAAGAUGCAAAUGUUUAUAUGGAACAAUAUCUUCUUUAGCUUGGGGUUUGAUGUCCGAGAUCACUACAAGGAUUUUGGUGGGGACAGUGCUGCAUAUGUAUCACCCACAAAUGAUCUAAAUGGGGUAAGAGCAUAUAAUGCAGUGGAUGUGGAAGGACUGUACACUUUGGGGACAGUGGUGGUGGACUACCGAGGUUACAGGGUCACUGCUCAGUCCAUCAUUCCUGGAAUAUUAGAGCGAGAGCAAGAGCAAAGUGUCAUUUAUGGGUCCAUAGACUUUGGUAAGACAGUUGUGUCCCAUCCAAAGUACUUGGAACUGCUUGAGAAGACAAGCCGUUCCCUGAAGAUAAUAAAACACAAAGUACUAAAUGAAAAAGAUGAUGAAGUGGAGCUUUGUUCCUCUGUGGAAUGUAAGGGUAUCAUUGGAAAUGAUGGGCGUCAUUACAUUUUGGAUCUACUACGCACCUUCCCACCUGACCUCAAUUUCCUACCAAUUGAAGGUGAGACUAUGCCAGAGGAAUGUACCAAGAAUGGAUUUCCUAAAGAGCACAGACACAAACUGUGUUGUCUACGUCAGGAGCUGGUGGACGCUUUUGUGGAGCACAGAUAUCUCAUGUUCAUGAAGUUGGCUGCCUUGCAUCUAAUGCAGCAAAAAGCAUCAAUUAAGGACACACUGGGAGCUGAUGCUCCAACUGCUUCAUCUGAUUCCACAGAGAAGACUGAGCAGCCGGAAGGAAACGGUCAGUCUGAAGAAAAGGAAGAUGAGGAUGAGGAUGGAGAGGCUCAGCUGAAGGUGCUGGAAGAGACCAUGGCAGCCCAUAAAGAAACAGUGGAUGCCAAAAGCAAAGAGGUGAUUCUGCAGGCUUGCCAGGAAGUUGGCUCCAUCAGCAAUACAUCUUUCGACAUACGAUUCAACCCAGACAUCUUUUCCCCAGGUGUUCGUUUCCCGAAUGAGUGCCUGGAAAUAGUGCAGAAUCAGAAGCAGCUGUUGAAGGAUGCAGCAGCCUUUGUCUUAACAUGCCAGAUUCCAUGUUUGAUCAAAGACUGCCUUGACCACAGUAUUGUGCCAAUGGAUGGAUCCACCCUGGCUGAAGCGAUGCACCAAAGAGGAAUAAAUAUGCGCUACUUGGGGAAGGUUAUUGAUGUUGUCAAGAAAUUCCCUGUUCCAUCACAGCUGGAUCAUAUCCAUAAAAUUUUAAUCAGUGAAGUGAUUACAAGAGCUGCAAAGCACAUCUUCAAAACAUACCUACAGGGUGUGGAACUUUCUGCCUUAUCUGCAGCCAUCAGCCACUUCCUGAACUGCUUCCUUAGCCCUUUCCCUACCUCUGUAGCUCAUCUCCAGUCUGAUGAGCUGGUCUCCAAGAAGAAGAACAAGAAGCGCAAAAACAGAAACCUGGGCAAUGCUGACAACACAGCUUGGGCCAACACCACCCCCCAGGAACUUUGGAAGAACAUCGGUUCAGAAGCCAAAAGCUACUUUGAUUUUACUUUGGAAUGUGACAAUGUGGACCAGGCAGUGGAGGUGUACAACCUGCAAAAAAUCAGCCUACUGAGAGAAAUAUGUCUCAAAGUUGGAAUUCAGAUUCUUUUGAAAGAAUACAAUUUUGAUAGUAAACACAAGCCUACCUUCACUGAAGAAGAUAUACUGAAUAUUUUCCCUGUGGUGAAACAUGUCAACCCUAAAGCAACCGACGCUUUCCAUUUCUUCCAAAGCGGCCAAGCAAAAGUACAACAGGGUUACCUAAAAGAAGGAUGUGAAUUAAUCAAUGAAGCCUUAAACCUGUUUAACAAUGUAUAUGGUGCUAUGCACGUGGAAAUUUGUGCUUGUCUACGCCUGCUUGCCAGACUCAACUACAUCAUGGGUGAUUAUUCUGAGGCCUUGAGCAACCAGCAGAAAGCAGUAUUAAUGAGUGAGAGGAUUCAGGGUAUUGAGCAUCCCAGUACCAUCCAGGAAUAUAUGCAUUUAGCCCUGUACUGCUUUGCAAACAGUCAGGUCUCUACAUCCUUAAACUUGCUGUACCGGUCACGUUAUCUCAUGCUUUUAGUGUAUGGCGAGGGUCAUCCAGAGAUGGCACUGCUAGAUAGCAACAUUGGUUUGGUGCUUCACGGAGUCAUGGAAUAUGACCUCUCGCUCCGGUUCCUUGAGAAUGCUCUUGCUAUCAAUUCAAAGUACCACGGAGUCAAGUCAUUAAAGGUGGCACUCAGUCACCAUCUUGUUGCUCGAGUGUAUGAAACCAAGGGAGAAUUCCGCUCUGCCUUACAGCAUGAGAAAGAUGGAUACACGAUAUACAAAAAUCAGCUUGGGGAGCAGCAUGAAAAGACCAGAGAAAGCUCAGAGUAUUUGAAGUAUUUGACCCAACAGGCAGUGGCCCUGCAGCGCACAAUGAAUGAGAUUUACAAGAAUGGAUCCAAUGCCAACAUUAUGCCUCUCAAGUUCACAGCUCCAAACAUGACUAGUGUACUGGAACAACUGAAUAUUAUCAAUGGAAUUCUUUUUAUCCCACUCAGCCAAAAAGAUCUGGAACAUCUAAAAGCCGAAGUUCAACGCCGCCAGCAGCUUCAAGAAACAAUCAAAGGGGCUGAAAAUCAUGAGGCAAAGACUAAAGAAACCGAGAAGUCCGAAACAUCCGACUCCAAUAUAAAUGCAGCCCCUGUGGUGCCAGAGAGUUCUGCUUAGAUCCUUCUCUGCAUUUUUAUUCCCAUUGUUUAAACAAAAAAACACAGACAUUCAGCCUCAAUGGGUUUUUAUCAAAGAGUGACAAUAUAAUUGCACAGGUUCCGAUAUCAAUAAUACACAUUGCAAAUAAGUGACCAGUGUAAAGUGUCUAAUCCUGUGUCUGCUCAGCUGAGACAUCGCUGUUCUCAAAAGGGCACGACAUGUAGAAAGCAAAUGGCCCAGCCUGACACUGGGAUUGUGUGUGUGCGUGUGUAUACGAGCGUGUGAUGGAAGAUGACAUUAAUGCAUUUGUAUAUUUAAAAGAACGAUUGGGCGUUGACUGAACAUUUCUCAGGUCAUUACCCCCGUAGAACUCUCUCCCUCCCCGGCUGAGCUUUGAUUGACAACUGACCCUGACAAUUCAAAGCUGCAACACCAUUUGCUGAGCCAAUCGUUACAGUGCUCCGACUUUUUCAAAGCCAUACAGAGACUGUGAAUGAAGGCAGUAUGUUUGCAGGGUAAACGAUCGAUUCAGGCAUGGAUCUGGCACGCUACAAAACAUGGGAAUUCACCUUCUAAAAAGAGCAGUUUCAUUUUCUUUCCUUUUUGGUUUUUUUUUUUAAUGACUGGUUUUAUAUAGCUGCUUUUUUAUGUAUGGGUAUAAGCAAUGUGUGACUAUGUUUGUUUGGAUUCUUUCUCCUCUUUAAAGGGUUUUUUCUAGCUCUGCUGUCUCUUUUCUGUCCUCUCUGAGCUCUCUCACCAUUCAACUAAAUGGCAGGUCUUGCUCAUAUGUGUAGUCAAGUCUGUGGUACUUUCUUAAUGGGGCAGAGACUUCCAGAAGCAAUUCAACAUGUACCGAACACUAUUCAACUUUGCCUUAGGAAAUCAGAAUGUCCUGUGCGUUGGCCACAAAGCAUUAUAUUGUGUUGUGAUGCUGGAAGGGCCCACAAUGCACUGUGGCAAGAGACAUCCAUGACAGAUGUAUUGUGAUAUAUCAGCCUCAUUUUCCUAGAAACAAUUAUUCUUAGAUGCUUAGUUACAGUUAUUUCAUUUUGUAGACCAGCCUGUGGUUCUC